AUGGCGGUUCCCGAGAAUGUUGGGGCCAAAAUCGGUUCAUCGAGUCAAAAUUUGGACAACAGUGUAGUGUCAUCGGACUCGGGCGAGGUUGAGCAAUCAAAACCCAGAACCGGGUCCAUCAACGGCGAUCAGAAGCUGAACAACGGCGUGUUCAACCACCAAGAUAGAGUUCCUACCACUAUGUCAGUGCCCAAUAGCAAUUAUAACUACAAAGCCCAAAUGGGUCAGAUGCACGCAAAUGGGGUGAACAAUGAUGGGUAUGGGAUGAAUGGGGACAAUGGGGGUGAGAGUUUCAAGCGUGAUAUGAGGGAUUUGGAAGAACUUUUGUCAAAGUUGAAUCCCUUGGCUGAGGAAUUUGUUCCCCCAUCACUAACCAGUACUCAAGGCUACCUACCUGGACCUGGUGCAGGUGCUGGUACUGGGUUUGGUUUCGCCAAUAAUUUUAUACUGCUCAAUGGUUUUGGUAAUGCAAACGGUCAAACUAACAGAAGGAGGAAGAAUGGGUAUAAUAAUGGGAAGCGAAGAGUAAAUCAUAAGAUAGAUAUGGAGAAAAGAGAGGAGAUGAUUAAGAGGACUGUUUAUGUGUCUGACAUUGAUCAACUGGUCACUGAAGAGCAGUUGGCAGCACUAUUUCUUAACUGUGGCCAGGUUGUUGAUUGCCGAGUAUGCGGAGAUCCCAAUUCCAUUCUUCGGUUUGCCUUCAUUGAGUUUACGGAUGAAGAAGGUGCAAGGGCUGCUUUGAGCCUGUCUGGAACCAUGCUUGGAUACUACCCUUUGAGAGUUCUGCCUUCAAAAACUGCUAUUGCACCUGUUAACCCUACAUUUUUGCCCAGGUCUGAAGAUGAAAGGGAGAUGUGUUCAAGAACAAUUUAUUGCACAAAUAUUGACAAGAAGCUUACUCAAGCUGAUGUCAAACAUUUCUUUGAAUCUAUUUGUGGAGAGGUUCAACGGUUGAGGCUUCUAGGGGAUUACCAUCAUUCAACUCGAAUUGCUUUUGUUGAGUUCACUCUGGCUGAGAGUGCAAUUGCUGCUCUAAGCUGUAGUGGGGUGAUUCUUGGUUCACUGCCCAUAAGGGUAAGUCCCUCGAAGACACCAGUUCGGUCGCGUGCUCCUCGCCCUUCCAUGCACUGA